CGAUAAGAGAUAGAGAGAGAAAGAGAAAAGGGAAGUCCAGUCCAGGGUUUUCCAAUUGGGGCUAAAUUUCCACGGAAUUUUGACUCAACCGUCAGCACCUAUUUCUAGCCGCACCAAAAUUUAACCGUCCCAACUAGUACAGACUGCGGACUCCUCUUCCCCAAUCAUCUCUCUCUUUCGAAGAAUCUCCACGCCAGCAAGCAAGUCAUUACUCAACACAGAAAAAGGAUCAACCAGCCAUCUUUUUACUCCUACCAAACCGCGUCAAGUCUUUCCCGGUAUCACCCUGCGAUCCCGCGCAACCAGGCUCUGCUGGUUGCUGCUUUUGGGAUGAUUGAAAUAAGGGUCAUAUAAUCGCAUGAGAUUGUACCUGUGCAGUUUUAAUGACGGGAAACGGAAGAUUUGACAUGGAUUCGGGUAUUGUUGAGCCAGGGUUCAUGGGCAGCUUUGCAAAUGGACCUAAAGGGAACCAUUCCGGUCCCACUUUGGAUAGGUCUGGAAGCUUCCGAGAGGGUGGUGAAAGCCGGUCUUUUUCAUCAGGAAACAGUACAUUUCGGUCAAGCAACCAACUUGCAGGAGGUUCGUCUUCUUCAUUGCAAGGUCUAAUGCUAGAUCCGAUAACGAUGGGUGUCCUUAAGUCAAGAUCAAAUGAAUUCAGGAGGAUUCUUAGUGUCUUUGGACUUGCAUCUGAAGAGAAUUCCCUUGGAACUGCUCAUUCUAGGCCCAUACCUUUUGCAGCUGCGGACGAACUAAAGCGGUACAAAGAUACUAUUACUGAGGUUAAUAACAAAGCUAGGGCUAAAGUAAAUAAGCUAAGUGAAAACUUGCAAAUAUUGAAUAAGAUCAUUGAAGCUCAGAGCUCUAAGAAGCAGCAAAGGAAUGAUCCAUCCUCCAACGAGCGAUCAAGUGGAUCAAACUUGAAGAUUGGUGCUCAGAUUUAUCGAAAUUCUCCAGUGGAUGAUCGGGCUAAGACUGGUGUUCCUAAUAAGCGAGUUCGCACGUCAGUGGCCGACACCCAGUUGGAAAGUAGGAGUAAUGGCAUAUCAAAGCAGUCCUUGUCCAUGGCGAAAGGCCGGGAUUUACUCAAGGAUAGUACUUCCCAACCUGAUAUGGCAGAAGAAAAGAUUAGGCGACUACCGGCUGGAGGAGAAAGUUGGGAUAAAAAUAUGAAAAGAAAACGUUCUGUAAGCACGGUUUUCACAAGAUCACUGGAUGAUAGAGAUCAGAAACGACCUAUGCAUCAAAAAGCUGGCAAUGAAGGUGGUUCACUGGGAGAUUUCCAUGCCUCAAGAUCUGGAUUUUCUAGUGCUAAUAGUGGCCCUCCCAAGACUGAUAUCAUUCCUUCACCUGUAAUCUUGAAUGCAUCGGCAAUGACCAAGCAUGAGCAGGAAAAAGCUUCUCCUAGGGAUCUUGCACCUGGACAGCACACAGAUAGACUAAUAACAAAAGGAAACAAUGGUAUACGUGAGGAGAACCAAAUGGGAAAUGUUAACCCAGUAACAAAAACAAAGGCUUCAAGAGCUCCACGAGGUGUCCCCGUAGCAUCUGUAAAUUCAUCAACGAGUAUACUUAGGCCAGGAGCACCUGAGUUCUGCGAACAACCUUCAAAUCUAAACAAAAUCCACGUGCCGAGUGGGUCUAAUAAUCGAAAACGUUCUAUGCCCUCAGGGUCCACAUCCCUAUCUAUGGCUCAGUGGGUUGGACAGAGACCACAAAAGAUUUCUCGCACUCGGAGGGCUAAUCUAGUAUCUCCUGUUUCAAACCCUGAUGACACACAAGUAUCAGCUGACGGUUAUUCACCUUCUGAUUUUGGGGCCAGAACUAAUUCCAGUGGAAUCUUCAGAGAUGGGUCUAAUGGUAAAAAACAUCUUAAAAUGAAAGUAGAAAAUGUUACUUCUCCUGCUAGAUUCUCCGAGGGUGAAGAAUCUGUUGCUGGUGAAAACAAAAUGAAGAAAAAAUGUACGGGUGUUAGUGAUGUGGAGACAAAAGCAGGAACUGCUUUUCCAAAUGUUGGGAUGCCCGCGAUGUUUGCGAAGAAGAAUAAAUCACCUAGAGAAGACAUUAGCGAUUGUGUGCGGAAACAAGGGCGGAAUGGGAGGGGCUCUCCAUUUUCAACUUCUAGCUCUUCACCAUUUAGAGAGAAGAUGGAGAAUGCUGCCAUAGCUAAGCCCCUCAGAAUUUCACGUCCAACUUGUGAUAAGAAUGGAAGUAAGACUGGACGCCCUCCAAAAAAGCUAGUAGAUCGCAAAGGCUCUUAUCGCCGGCAUGCCAAUGGCAGUUCUCCAGAUUUCACUGGGGAAUCAGAUGAUGAUCGUGAUGAACUAUUUGCAUCUGUUAGUUUUGCUCGUAACCCUAAUUUUAUUGGUUCUAAUUCAUUCUGGAAGAAUAUGGAAGCAGUUUUUGCUCCAAUUAACCUACAGGACACUUCUUACUUGGCCCAGCAGUUACAACUUGCAGAAGAGCUUAAUAAAAAUCUGCCUCAAAUGACUAGCCGGGACAGUAAUUGUUUGGGUGAUCCAUCUCUUCCUGCUACCCUUGUUUCUGGAGCAGCGGAAACAGAUGGAAUUAGACAAAAUGAGGCAGUCAAAUCGAUCAAGUCAGUUGAAUGGCUUAAUGAAUUUGAAACUCCAUCUCAAAGACCAGCCUCAGAGAGGAUAUCAAACAGAAUUACUCCAUUGUAUCGAAGGGUUUUAUCAGCUCUUAUCGUUGAAGAUGAAAUUGAAGAAUUUGAAGAACUUGGUACAGAAAGAAAUUCUGGGCACCAAUUUUCUGCACACAGUUUAUCCUGUGAUAAUGAACCUUGUAAAUCAGAAGGAAAAAGUGGCAAAUUUCAGUUGCAGUUUGGUACUGAAAUGGAGAAACAAUCUCGAGCAGGCUUGUAUUUUCCCUAUGAUGGUGUUAAUGGUUCAGUGGGCCAAAAUAGUCCAUGCAAUGCAGAUAAAUCGUUGGUGGGAAAUGGGUUUUCACAUGAAAUGGGUGUUUUAACAGGGCUUUGCAGAAAUUCUCUGGGUGGGUCCCCUUUUGAACAUUCAAAUGGGUUUGGCAAUUCUUCUUGUAAUGAUGCAUAUGAGCAGUUGUGCAUAGAAGACAAGAUUUUUCUUGAGCUGCAAAGUAUUGGAAUAUAUCCAGAAAUAGUGCCUGAUUUGGAUGACCAGGACGAUACAUGGAUUGAGAAAGAGAUUGGUCAACUCACCAAGGAUUAUAGCCAACAGGUUGCCAGAAAGAAAGCAUCCUUGAACAAAGUAUGUGAGUUAGUUUCACAACAGAAAGAAGCCGAAAAGGGGGCACUUGAGCAAGUUGCAAUGGACAGACUUGUGGAGCUGGCUUACAAAAAAUUACUGGCUACUAAAGGAAGCAUUGCUUCUAAAUCUGGGAUUCCUAAGGUGUCUAAGAAUGUUGCUUUGGCUUUUGCAAAGAGGACUCUGGCUAGAUGUCGAGUAUUUGAAGAUUCGGGAAUAAGUUGCUUUAAUGAAAGCCUGUUUCGGGAUGUUCUUUUUGCUGCACCUACUCCACGCGAUGAAACUGAACCCACCAGCACUUCUGGUCAGCGAAUCGGCUCAUCUAGUAAUCAUGGUGAAAAGCAUGGUCCUUGUGGAAACAUCAAUGGAGGGUCAACAUAUAGGCAACCUGAUCAGGGGGGGUUAACAUUUGGUGGACCUGUAUUACAUAGAGGGAAGAAGAGGGAGGUAUUGCUUGAUGAUGUUAGUGGCAGUGGUGGUGGUUUUAGAUCCAGCUCAGCUCUGGAAGGGUCUCUUUUGGCGGGAAUCAAAGGGAAGAGAAGUGAGAGAGGAGGAGAAACACCUAGCGGCGGCGGCGGAUCCUUUAACAAAACAAAAACAAAUCCGAAGCUGAAGACAUCAAUGCUAUCAUCCCCCCGGGGAAAUUCAUUUAAUAAAACAGAAACAGCCGCCCACCAACAUCCAGGAACGAGUGUUGCUGGUAACAGGAAAAAAGAUGGUAAAGCUGAACAAUCAAAAGAUAUUGAGGAGGAGGAGGAAGCUUUGGAUCUGACAAAUUUUCCACUUCCAGAACUGGACACGAUUGACGAGCUGGGCGCGGGAAAUGAUCUUGGUGGGAAUCAAGAUCUUAGCUCAUGGUUUAAUUUUGAUGAGGAUGGGUUACACGACCAAGAUCUUUCCAUGGAGGGACUUGAAAUACCUAUGGAUGAAAUUGGUGAUUUGAAUAUGUUUUGAUGAUCUCUAGUGUAAAUUCUUGACAGUUAUUUUUGUUGGGUCAGAUCAUAUAUAUAUAUAUAUAUAGUUGACAGACAGACUUGAUGAUUGUUGCUUCAGGA